ACCCAAACAAAACAAUCUUUGAAAUCCAACCUUAGCCAAUCAUCUUCCACCAAAAUUCCCCAUAAGCUUAAAUCCCCAUUAGAUUUAUGUUUCUUCUUCACAAACAACACUUCACUUCAUCUCUCUCCUUCCACCAUGUCUUCUUCAUCUGCAACUGCUUUCCAUUCUUCUUUCUGUUUCUCUUCUCAUAAUAAACUUUCUUCUUCUCCCUCAAAUUCCCAUCAACCAAACACUUCCUUAUCACCCAAACCCAAAACCCUUCUCCAUAAACAUCCUCUCUACACGCCACUUCAUUCCACAGUCUCUUCUCAAACCAAAGAGAAAAUUCUCUGUCUUGAAAUCAUGGGUGUUGAUUCUGGCAAAGCUCUUUCUCAAAACCCUUCUCUUCAUUCUGUUACUCUUGAAUCCAUUCACUCUGUCAUCUCCUUCCUCCAAUCUAAAGGCAUUCACCAAAAGGACUUCGCCAAAAUCUUUGGAAUGUGUCCUAAAAUCCUCACUUCAGAUGUUAAAACUGAUUUAGUACCAGUUUUCAACUUUCUCUCUGAAGAUCUCAAAAUCCCAGAUCAGAACUUUAGAAAAGCUAUCAAUAAGUGCCCAAGAUUGCUUGCUUCAAGUGCUGAAGAUCAGUUGAAACCUGCUUUGUUUUAUCUUCAAAGACUUGGGUUGAAGGAUUUGGAGGCUUUGGCUUAUCAUGAUUCUGUUUUGCUGGUUUCAAGUGUGGAGAAGACCUUGAUUCCUAAACUCAAGUAUUUGGAGAGUUUGGGAUUCACAAGGAGUGAAAUCGUUGGGAUGGUAUUAAGGUGUCCAGCUCUGCUUACUUUCAGUAUUGAAAACAAUUUCAAGCCAAAGUUUGAGUAUUUCUCUGUGGAGAUGCAUAAAAAACUUGAGGAGCUUAAGGAUUUUCCUCAGUAUUUUGCCUUUAGCUUGGAGAAGAGGAUAAAGCCGAGGUAUGUGGAGACAGUGGAGAGUGGAAAAAAAGUGCCUUUGUCACUUAUGCUUAAGACCACAGAUGUUGAGUUUAGAGAGUUGUUAGCAGAAGGGGGUGGUUGAAUGAAUCUCUCCCUCUCUCCCUCUCUCCCUCUUCUUUGGAGCUUCGUAAAGGGAGGCUGGUUUUAUCUGCCCUUUCCCCUUCAUUUUUUACUAUGUAAAUUCCAUGACUUUAAAAGGCUACAAAUACAAUCAGUUCAUCAUUCUCUAAUCUGGAUUUCAUACUUCUAAUCCUCUAUACUUACCACGUUUGGAUAUUAAAUAAAGCUAUGAACUUCUUUAA